AUGAAAUGUAUUCGCUCGGAUCCAAGAACAAGCCAACUUCUUGACGUUUGGAAAGGCUCAGAACCCUUAUUACGAUCAGACUUCUACUUUUGGGCGGCUAGAAGCGAUGUACCGAAAUCAUUUCAAGGCCUUUUGCGAUCGAUUCUAUAUUCUCUACUAGAGCAACACCAGCAUUUCAUACCCCUCGUCUUCCCAGACGUCUGCAGGACUAUACAGUCGGAGCGCCCUAUCGAUACAGCUUUGACAAUUUCAGAGCUCACUCUGGCAUUACGCUUGCUCGUUGAAGGCUGCAGACCAAUCAAAAUCUGCCUGUUCAUUGAUGGCUUAGAUGAGUACUCGGGUGACCACCGCGAGCUUGUCAGCCAGAUUGGAGACCUAUCAGUCUAUUCUCAAGUGAAGUUCAUGGUAUCGAGCAGACCCUGGCCUGUAUUUGAGGAAGCUUUCAAGAACAAGGAACAUUUAUUACUGGAAAAGGUGGCUGCUCUCCUUACACGUGAAAGAUGGGGGCAGCUUUGUGAUUUCGCCUUCACGUCUUCGUGA